AAGGGCCACCGGAGCACGCGACAGCACACAAUGGAAUGGAAGGGCGGGGGAGGGAGGGUGGGAGGGGAGAGGAGAGGAGGAAGUUGAGGAGGAGAAGAAAUGGAGGUUGACUGGUCCCACCUCCCACCGGAGCUCCUCGAAACCAUCUCCUCCAAGCUCCCCAUUUACUCCGACUACCUCCGCUUCCGCGCCGUCUGCCGCUCCUUCCUCUCCUCCGUCCCGCGCACCCCCCGCCACAUGCCCCCUCAGCUCCCCUGGCUCCUCCUCUCCGCCGACACCUCCUCCUUCUUCAACCCCCAGGACCGCCGGGUCUACAUCCUCCGCCGCCCCACCAAGCCCCCCUCCCUCCUCUCCGGCCGCCGCUGUUGCGGCUCCUCCCACGGCUGGCUCGCCACCCUCGGCGACGCCCCUGACGUCCUCCUCUUCAACCCCCUCACCCUCUCCCAGGUCGACCUCCCCCCUCUCUCCGCCUUCCCCAACGUCCUCUCCUUCGACUACGCCAACGUCGGCCGCGAGUAUAUCCUCCGCAGCCCCUUCGGCAAGCUCGUCUCCCUCGAUCUCUCCCACAUGCGCGACUCCUUCGUCCAGAAGAUCGUCCUCUCCUCUGCCCCCACCGACGACCCGGAAUUCGCCGCGGUGGCCGUGCUCACCUCCCACGACCUCGCCGUCUGCCGCCACGGCGACUCCCGCUGGACCUUCGUCGAGGGCGCCAGCUCCUACACCGAGGACGUCAUCUACAGGGACGGCUCCUUCCACGCCCUCCACAAGUCGGGCCGGGUCGCGGUCUUUAGCCCCUCGUCCGCCCCAGAGGUGUCGUUCGUCGAGGCGCACGGGCGGUUCCAGGGCGACCUGCAUUACCUGGUCAGCGCAGGGGAGGACUGGCUGCUCGUCACGCGCUACCUGAAAAUCCAGUGCGAGGACGAGCCUCACCUGGCGAUGCACAAAACUGCAGGAUUCGAUGUCUUCAAGCUGGACCGGAGGAUCGAAUCGGGCCCCAGGUGGGUGAAGAUGACGGAUUUGGGUGACUACAUGCUGUUUGUUGGGCGGAACUCGUCUCUGGCGUUGCGGGCUUCCGAGUUUCCCGGGUGCGAGGGGGACUGCAUAUACUUCACAGAUGAUUACUCCGAGUAUAACUCUGACUGGAUUGGAGAACCGGAUGUUGGGAUUUAUAGGUUAUGGGAUGGGGGCAUCGAGCCAUUGCCUUGUUAUCCUCAAAGCACUGCUCACCUGAUCAGGCCUCAGCCUAUUUGGCUCACUCGGAAUCCUCGUUAAACUAAUCAUGGAAUUGGAUCGAAUCGGAUUCAAUGAUUUCUAAUGCGAGUGAGUGCUAUUGUUUAAAUCACAUUCAUUCUAAGAUUGUCUGUUGUACAUGUUUUUCCUCGUGAGAACUUUCUACUGUGGACUAAUGUGUAGAUGGAACUCGAUCGGCAUAUUUAUAUAAUUGGAUUUGCAAUAUGUUAUGGGGUUCCGGUAAAUGAAAUCUUCGGGCCAAGUAAACAAAGCA